AUGUUGGUGCUUCUUGCCUUCAUCAUCAUCUUCCACAUCACCUCGGCGGCCUUGCUCUUCGUCUCCAUCAUCGACAAUGCCUGGUGGGUCGGAGAAGAGUUCUUUGCAGAUGUCUGGAGAGUCUGUCUCAACAACACCAACUGCACAGAGAUCAACGAGGAAUAUAACGAAUUCACCACGCUGCAGGCCAUCCAGGCCACCAUGAUCCUCUCCACCAUCCUCUGCUGCAUCGCCUUCCUGAUUUUCCUGCUCCAGCUCUUCCGCCUCAAGCAAGGAGACCGAUUUGUCUUAACCUCCAUCAUCCAGCUCUUGUCCUGUGUCUGCGUCAUGAUCGCGGCUUCCAUUUACACAGACCGGCGCAAGGACCUCCACUCGAAGAACCAGCACUUUUACCCCGUGGAGAUGGUGCAGGAGGGCAGCUACGGCUACUCAUUCAUCCUGGCCUGGGUGGCCUUCGCCUUCACCUUCAUCAGCGGCCUCAUGUAUCUAAUACUGAGGAAGCGCAAAUAA